CCUUCCCUCUCUAUCCCCUCUCUGUCUGUCUCUCUCUCUCUCUCCCCCUCCAUUGAUCCAUAUAAACAAACAAUUAUAUACAUAUAUAUAUAUAUAUAUUAGCAAGAAGAGCUUGAAAGAGAUAGGGUAACAAUGUUGUCCGUGGCUUCUGCUGAAACCCCAAAACCGGAGCUCUCUCCUCCUCCGCCGCAGAACCCACAGUCUUCAUCUUCCGAAACCCACGUUUUCCGAUCAAAGCUUCCCGACAUACCCAUCUCCAACCACCUACCCCUCCACACUUACUGCUUCCAAAAUCUCUCUCAAUUCCCAGACAGACCCUGUCUCCUCAUCGGCUCCACCGGUAAAUCCUACUCUUUCUCCGAAACCCACCUCGUUUCCCGCAAAGUCGCCUCCGGAUUAUCACUCCUCGGCAUCAAAAAAGGCGAUGUCAUCAUGCUUCUCCUCCAAAACUGCGCCGAAUUCGUCUUCGCAUUCAUGGGUGCUUCGAUGAUCGGCGCAGUCACUACCACUGCCAACCCAUUCUACACUCCCGCCGAAGUUUUCAAGCAAUUCAAUGCUUCCAAAUCCAAACUAAUCAUUACCCAAUCUCAAUACGUCGACAAACUCCGUGACGCCGGUGAUAAUUUCCCAAAACUGGGCGAAGAAUUCAGUGUAAUCACGAUCGAUGACCCACCUGAAAACUGCCUUCAUUUCUCAGUACUUUCGGAGGCUAAUGAGAGCGAAAUCCCGACAGUCUCGAUCGAUCCAGACGACCCUGUAGCUCUUCCAUUCUCCUCCGGAACGACUGGAUUACCAAAGGGUGUGAUCCUGACGCACAAGAGCUUGAUAUCGAGCGUGGCUCAACAAGUGGAUGGAGAGAACCCAAAUUUGCAUUUGAAAGGGGAAGAUAUGGUGUUGUGCGUGCUUCCCCUGUUUCACAUAUACUCGUUGAAUUCGGUGCUGUUGUGCUCGCUGAGAGCAGGGGCAGGGGUGCUUUUGAUGCACAAGUUCGAGAUAGGGGCGUUGCUGGAGCUGAUACAGAGGUACAGAGUGUCGGUGGCGGCGGUGGUGCCCCCGCUGGUUCUGGCGUUGGCGAAGAAUCCGAUGGUGGUCACUUUCGACUUGAGCUCCAUUCGGAUGGUGUUGUCGGGGGCGGCGCCGCUGGGGAAGGAGCUGGAGGAGGCUCUCCGGACCAGAGUACCGCAAGCCAUUUUUGGUCAGGGAUAUGGGAUGACAGAGGCAGGGCCAGUAUUAUCAAUGUGCCUGGCGUUUGCAAAGCAGCCAUUCCCAACAAAAUCAGGUUCAUGCGGAACUGUGGUCAGGAACGCCGAGCUGAAGGUCAUUGACCCUGAAACUGGCUGCUCCCUUGGCCCCAACCACUCCGGCGAGAUUUGCAUCCGUGGUCCUCAAAUUAUGAAAGGAUACUUGAAUGAUGCGGAGGCCACGGCUACAACAAUUGAUGUGGAUGGUUGGCUCCACACUGGGGACAUUGGCUAUGUAGACGACGAUGAUGAGGUUUUUAUUGUUGAUCGAGUCAAGGAACUCAUCAAAUUCAAAGGCUUCCAGGUGCCACCAGCCGAGCUUGAGGCCCUUCUUGUGAGCCACCCAUCCAUUGCGGAUGCUGCUGUUGUCCCGCAAAAAGAUGACGUUGCCGGUGAAGUUCCUGUAGCAUUUGUGGUUCGGUCAAAUGGGUUAGAACUUACAGAAGAUGCUGUUAAAGAAUUCAUAGCAAAGCAGGUGGUGUUUUACAAGAAACUGCACAAAGUGUACUUUGUUCAUGCCAUUCCAAAGUCUCCUUCUGGAAAGAUAUUGAGAAAAGAUCUGAGAGCCAAACUAGCCAUGUCCGCAGCCUCUCAAAUUCCCUAGAAACUAUAUAUAUGUAUCUGUUUGAUUUCCAUCUUCGUGUAAGCAUUAAUUAGAAGCCCUUUCUGUGUGUUGACUGAAUUUAAUUAAAUUAAUUAUGGCAUCAAACACAUCCAGAAGGAAACACAAUAGCUAGUCGCGCCGCCAACCCAUUGUUGUUAUUGUCUCAAUUCCUCUUCUUUCUUUUUUUUAGCUGUUUGGGAUGUGAUUUUGAUGUGUAUUCAGUGAUUUUUUUUUUGUGAUGGAAUAAACUCAAUAUUCUGGAAUAAUAUUAGAAGCAUAAUGUAGAGUCCAAUAUUAA